AAUCAUCACACCACACCUCACCACCCUGCCAUGAUCAACGCACCACACACACCUACACCUGAACAACAUUCUCAUCUCCUCUGCACACAAAGGAACUACAAUAUUCAGCAUGGAGGGCAUCGUGCAGCUGCAGCAGGAGCGGGAGCACUGCGUCACGGAGGUACCGGAGGUCGAUGGCGCCGAGCUUCUCGUCGAGCUCCUGGACGCGUCGCUCGCCGUCGAGGAGGAGGAGGAGGAGGCGGCGGCAGUGCACGGCAAGCGUCAUCAGCUCGGCUUCCCGGCCGACGACGUCGGCGAUGGCUGGGUCGACGACGGCCUGCAGGAGCUGAACUUGAUCCACCCGCACCAGGAGGCGGGCUGCGAGGACUGCGGGCUCGACGGCAUCGUCGUGUCCGGCUUCGACGGCUGCGGGUGUUCGCCGGGGCCGUACGUCCUGGACGACGACGGCAACGCCGUGGGGUACUGGGCGGAGGAGAUGGAGGGCGCCGCCUUUGGCUUCUUCAACGGCGACCGCGUGGGGGAGUGGUACUCGGACGGCAUGGCCAUGGAGUGGGACGAAGGGAGAAGCUACUGCUCCUUUUACCCUUCCUACGGCGGCGAGGCGUGCGCGGAGCAACCGUACAUCAGUCCAUUGUGGGAGUGAACUAGUUCUCUAUCGUGACAAAAAAAAAGUCUAGUAGUCUGGCUAGAAGUGUGUGUGAGCCUUUUUUUUAGCUAGAAGUGCGUGCGAGCCUUUUUCUUAGCUAGAACUAGAACUAGAAGUGUGUGUGAGCCUUUGUUUUUUGAGCCAAAAUUGUGUGUGAGCCUUUUUUUGGAGCCAAAAGUGUGUGUGAGCCGUGAA